ACUCUCUCUACAGUAGUCCCAUUGAUGGCGAUGGGAGCGUGACCCUCUCUCUAGGAACUAACACUCACACACACAUUCACCGUUGGCCAUGCCAUUGGGAGCAAAGCUUCCAAUCCUCUGUUUAAAUAAAGUAUUAGGUUAUGAGUCCAUCCUCAGCUAGUGUUGAAAAACCCAAACCCAGGUUGUGUGGCCGCCCAGCAGACAACAUCUGACAUAUUAAAGGGGUGAAUGCUGAGUCAACACAGUAGUUCCUUUUUUUUUAAUGGAAUGAACAAUAUUUCAAAAAUAAAAGCCACAGAAUGUGAUUGUAUCCUAACAGGGAAUACUCAGAACAGGGGCCAUACCAAGUUCAGAUGAGCCAGGGUUUCUCUGACUUGGCUGGCUCGACUAAACUAAGACUCCUAAUCAGAGAUAACAAGAACCAAGAAGCUGGUUAUCAAGUGUUUUUGUGAUCCCAGGCUCUGUGUGGUUCUCAUGAAAGGGGGUGUUUGAAAUACAGUAUAAGGCAAUCUGUUUAAUCAAAUUAGAGAGGAAUGCUAGAAGUGUACUUAUCGGGUGAACUCACAAUUAAUAUAUUGUAUUAACCGCGGUGCGAUCUGUGCCAACUGCACAUUUUACAGCUCUUAAAACUUCAUUUAAACAAUAUACUCAAAAUCUGCGUUUAGGUCUGACACUCAAUAAUACUCAAAGAAUCAAAAUAAAGAAUAUGUUAAAACUAAUUUAUAAUAGUAAAUUAUAAAUGUAUGCCAUCUGUGAAUUUAUAGGAGGUAUAUCUUAGAGCAAGUGUGGGCAAAUGUUUAGAUAACACCAGAGGAGAUAUUUUAUGAGUAUUAUAAAACAAAAUACACCCAACUAAAUAGAUGAAAGAAACUGAAACAAAUGAAUACACAAUGAUACCGUCGGUUAAAAUACAGACAUCAUAAAACAGUAUUCUUGUUCAGAUUUCUUUGUUCAGAAUUGAGUUAGUGAAUGGCGUUAUAUUUGCUGAUUUCAAGCCUAAUCUCUGAACAUAACCAUGUGGGGAUUGGGUCUGCAGCAGAAGUUGCCAUGGUAACACACUAAUCUUCACACACACUUCAGUCAUCUGGCUAACCUGAGGUUGCCUUGUCUUCCAGGUGAUGAUGGGCGGGGCCUGGUUCCAGGAAGUGUUUGGGUCCCCAGAAACUGUAACAGAUGAGUGUCUUUUAGCGAGGGCCACUGAGGCGGUGCGGAGCCAGCUGGGAGUCACCUCAGCACCCUGCUGGACCUGGGUGGCCCUGCAGAAGGACUGCAUACCUCAGUAUUAUAUGGGACAUUUUCGAAAAGUUGAGUACAUGCGUCACUUGAUAAAGGAGAACAAUCUAUCGCUAUCUCUGAUUGGUUCCUCGUAUGAUGGAGUGUCAGUGAAUGAUGUCAUCUUUAGUGGACGGACAGCUGCGGAGGAGUUGAUAGGAGCUGCAGUUUGAUGGAGCUGGUCGCCACGGGAACAGAACAGACAGUGUUGCUCCCCAGGUGUGAGCAAAGAAGAUAUUUUGAUAAUGACGUUGGGAGUACAAUUUCUUUUUUCAAACCCAUUCAACAUGAAUUCUUACUCAUGUAUCAUCAGUGUGACCAGCGGACAUGUUGUGUGUGGAUCAGUGCAGUCAUGCUACAGGGCUGCAUCAAGCCUCACCUGGACAUGUCAACACUGAUGAUCAAUAUACAUUAUGCUGAAGGUACCACAGUGUAGAAUUCAAAUGAGUGUAAUAUUCUAACAUCAUAAAAGAAUGAAGAUGUGUUAAUGUUGAAAUUCACACAAUGAUAAAGAGAUUAUUGCCUACUGAAGACUUGCACUUUCAGUAAAGCCUCAUUUGUCCCGUUUCCUCAUUACUUGAAACAUAUCAUGAGACUGAUGGGCAAUAUGACCUGACAUCAAAUGAUUUUCAUAUUAUUCUGUCAUUGCAUCCGUAUUGGUAUUUUGGGCUCAUGAAUAAAAGUGAAAGACUCUGA